GAGACAAGGAAGAUCGUGAGCCAUUGAAGGACAGCCGGACGCAAUGGUGAACAACGCAGCUCUUCUCGCCGCUCUGUCGGCUCUCCUGCCCAGGGCCCUGGCGCAAAACAAUCAGACAUACGCCAACUACUCUUCUCAGGGCCAGCCUGAUCUCUUCCCCGAGACAGUUGCCACGCUCACGCUCUCGUUCCCCGACUGCGAUCAUGGUCCUCUGAAGAACAACCUCGUCUGUGACUCGUCUGCGGGUUACGUUGAGCGAGCCCAGGCCCUCAUCUCGCUCUUCACCCUCGAGGAGCUGAUUCUCAAUACGCAAAACUCGGGCCCCGGCGUGCCUCGCCUCGGUCUUCCAAACUACCAAGUCUGGAACGAGGCUCUGCACGGCUUGGACCGUGCCAAUUUCGCCACCAAGGGAGGCGAGUUUGAGUGGUCGACCUCGUUCCCCAUGCCUAUUCUCAGUACGGCAGCCCUCAAUCGCACUCUGAUCCACCAGAUUGCCGACAUCAUCUCGACCCAGGCGCGAGCAUUCAGCAACAGCGGUCGCUAUGGUCUCGACGUCUAUGCGCCAAACAUCAAUGGCUUCCGAAGCCCGCUCUGGGGCCGUGGCCAGGAGACGCCUGGUGAAGAUGCCUUCUUCCUGAGCUCCGCCUACACCUACGAGUACAUCACCGGCAUCCAGGGCGGCGUCGACCCCGAGCACCUCAAGAUUGCUGCGACGGCGAAGCACUUUGCUGGAUAUGAUCUCGAAAACUAUAACAAUCAGUCUCGUCUCGGCUUCGACGCCAUCAUCACCCAGCAGGACCUCUCCGAGUACUACACUCCCCAAUUCCUUGCCGCGGCCCGUUACGCAAAGUCCCACAGCUUCAUGUGCGCAUAUAACUCCGUCAAUGGCGUGCCCAGCUGCGCCAACAGCUUCUUCCUGCAGACCCUUCUGCGAGAGAGCUGGGGCUUCCCCGAAUGGGGCUACGUCUCGUCCGAUUGCGAUGCCGUCUACAACGUUUGGAACCCUCAUGACUACGCCAGCAACCAGUCGUCGGCCGCCGCCAGCUCGCUGCGAGCCGGUACCGAUAUUGACUGCGGUCAGACAUACCCAUGGCACCUCAACGAGUCCUUUGUGGCCGGCGAAGUCUCCCGCGGCGAGAUCGAGCGGUCUGUCACUCGUCUGUACGCCAAUCUCGUCCGUCUCGGAUACUUUGACAAGAAGAACCAGUACCGCUCGCUCGGCUGGAAGGAUGUCGUCAAGACCGACGCCUGGAACAUCUCAUACGAGGCUGCGGUUGAGGGCAUUGUCUUGCUCAAGAACGACGGCACCCUGCCUCUGUCCAAGAAGGUCCGCAGCAUUGCUCUGAUCGGACCGUGGGCCAAUGCCACCACCCAGAUGCAGGGCAACUAUUUCGGCCCUGCCCCAUACCUCAUCAGCCCUCUAGAAGCCGCUAAGAAGGCUGGCUAUCACGUCAACUUCGAGCUUGGCACAGACAUCGCCAGCACCAGCACUGCCGGCUUCGCCAAGGCCAUUGCUGCCGCUAAGAAGUCGGACGCCAUCAUCUUCAUCGGUGGUAUCGACAACACUAUUGAACAAGAGGGCGCUGAUCGUACGGACAUUGCUUGGCCCGGUAACCAGCUGGACCUCAUCAAGGAACUCAGCAACGUCGGCAAACCCCUUGUCGUCCUGCAAAUGGGCGGUGGCCAGGUUGAUUCAUCUUCGCUUAAGAGCAACAAGAAGGUCAAUUCCCUCGUCUGGGGCGGAUAUCCCGGUCAGUCGGGAGGCGUUGCCCUCUUCGACAUCCUCUCUGGCAAGCGUGCUCCUGCCGGCCGACUGAUCACAACUCAGUACCCGGCUGAAUACGUUCACCAGUUCCCCCAGAAUGACAUGAACCUCCGCCCCGAUGGAAAGUCGAACCCUGGACAGACUUACAUCUGGUACACGGGCAAGCCCGUCUACGAGUUUGGCUACGGUAUUUUCUACACCACCUUCAAGGAGACUCUGGCAAGCCACCCCAAGAGCCUCAAGUUCAACACCUCGUCGAUCCUCUCUGCGCCUCACCCCGGAUACACUUACAGCGAGCAGAAUCCUGUCUUCACCUUCGAGGCCAACAUCAAGAACUCAGGCAAGACCGAGUCCCCGUACACGGCCAUGCUGUUUGUUCGCACAAGCAACGCGGGCCCAGCCCCAUACCCGAACAAGUGGCUUGUCGGAUUCGACCGACUUGCCGACAUCAAGCCUGGCCACUCUUCCAAGCUCAGCAUUCCCAUCCCCGUCAGUGCUCUUGCCCGUGUUGACACUCUCGGAAACCGGAUUGUUUACCCCGGCAAGUAUGAGCUUGCUCUGAAUACCGAUGAGUCGGUCAAGCUGGAGUUUGAGCUGGUGGGCGAAGAGGUGACGAUUGAGAACUGGCCGUUGGAGGAGCAGCAGAUCAAGGACGCUACUCCUGACGUAUAGAUGUAUUAAUGAUGUUUUUAUGACGAAACGGUA